UUGGCCUCUGGGGUGUGGGGCUCGGCCCUGACGUAGAUGAGCCCCCAGGAAGGCCUGGGUGGUCCUUGUGCACGGAGGGCCGGAGAGACCACAGGGGUGCUGGCCACUCGGCCGUGUUCCCGGCCUCACUCCCCACUCGCUGCGGCCCUCCUGCUCCUUUGCAGCUCUGGUGCGGGGGCCCUGCUGCCCCCUCAGCAUGGCGGGGCCCGGGCCCAGUGCGAGGCUCCAGCCCGCCUACUGGAGGGUCGUCAUGGGCCAACCCCGACUCCUGGGAACGAGUGUGCAGAGGGUGUGACCCAGCCCAGGGAGGCCCAGGCUUUCUGUGUCCCCCAGGCCCUCUACCGGGAGCAGCUGGGGCCCCGCCGCUGGCGCCAGCCGUCCAGGGCCUCCUGGUUGAUGAGGGGACGGAUGGGACCUGGUGAGGCCGCAGGUGAUGGUGUCGCCACGGCCCUGGCAUGGAUGGACAGAACGCACUCGGCCUCUGGCUUGACCACAUGCCUUAUUCCCCGACUCGGCCCCUUCACGGCACGGGGCCCGGCGGGUGUCGGGGAACAGACUCCCGAAAGACGACGUCAGGGCAGAGUGAGGAGGGGGCUGUGUCCGUACCCACACCCCGAGCCGCGGGGCAGCGGGGUCUCUGCCUGCUCCUCUGGGGCCCCGUCCAGCGGCACCUGCAGUGGCUGA